AUGGGUGACUGGAGUUUCUUGGGAAACAUUUUAGAGCAGGUGAACGAGCAAUCCACUGUCAUCGGGAGAGUUUGGCUCACGGUGCUCUUCAUAUUCCGCAUCCUGAUCCUGGGAACGGCUGCUGAGCUAGUGUGGGGAGACGAACAGUCAGACUUUGUGUGCAACACCCAGCAACCUGGUUGUGAGAACGUCUGCUAUGAUGAGGCUUUCCCCAUCUCCCACAUCCGUCUCUGGGUCCUGCAGAUCAUUUUUGUAUCCACGCCUUCGCUUAUGUAUUUUGGGCAUGCAGUGCACCAUGUCCGCAUGGAGGAGAAAAGGAGAGAGAGGGAGGAAGCUGAGAGGCGUCAGCAAGCUGAGGUGGAUGAAGAAAAGCUGCCCCUGGCUCCCAAUCAAAACAAAGGCAAUAACCCUGAUGGGACCAAGAAGUUCCGCCUGGAGGGUACUCUCCUGAGAACCUACAUCUUCCACAUCAUUUUCAAAACCCUCUUUGAGGUAGGAUUCAUAGUAGGUCAGUACUUCUUGUAUGGCUUCCGAAUCCUCCCCCUCUACCGCUGUGGACGCUGGCCCUGUCCCAAUCUCGUGGACUGUUUUGUCUCCAGGCCCACAGAGAAGACCAUCUUUAUUAUGUUCAUGCUGGUGGUGGCUUCUGUGUCCCUCUUCCUCAACCUGGUGGAGAUCAGUCACUUGAUCCUGAAAAGGAUCCGGAGGGCUCUGAGAAGACCAGCGGAGGAACAGCUUGGGGAGGUCCCAGAGAAGCCACUCCAUGCCAUCACAGUCUCCACCAUCCCAAAGGCCAAAGGAUACAAGCUGCUGGAAGAAGAGAAGCCAGUGUCUCACUAUUUCCCACUCACAGAAGUGGGGGUGGAACCCAGUCCUCUUCCAUCAGCCUUCAAUGAGUUUGAGGAGAAGAUCGGGAUGGGACCAUUGGAAGAUCUCUCUAGGGCAUUCGACGAGAGGUUACCCUCAUAUGCACAAGCAAAGGAACCAGAAGAGGAAAAGGUAAGAGCAGAGCAGGAGGAAGAACAAGAAGAGGAGCAGCCAAGACCUCAGGAAGAGCCAGGGGUGAAGAAAGCAGAGGAGGAGGUGGUGAGCGAUGAAGUGGAAGGGCCUCCAGCUCCUGCUGAACUUGCUACUGAUAUGAGACCCCAUAGCAGGCUAAGUAAAGCCAGCAGCCGGGCUAGGUCAGACGACUUGACUGUAUGA